AACUGGUGGCAUGCACAAGGCUGAAUCAGCCUGAUGUGCCUGCAAGGCUUGUUGAAACAUCCACCCAUCCUGACUUCCCUCAUCAUUCCUUCUAUCUUCGCUUUCCCUUGACGCACGUCUUUCAAAUGGAAUAUCACUCGGCCUUUUGAUAAACGAGAUAACUUAUACAGUUUUCUUUGGGUGAAUUCACACACGAUGGAAGACCAAGGUUUCGAAGGGAAAUCCCCGGAUCCCAACAAGAUGGACUUGCAAUCCACAGACCGAUCUGCACGCCAAAAUAUUGACAAUUACUUCCCGACAUUUGAAUUCUCUUACCCCGAAUACACGUUCACUCAGACAGACCUUUCUCAUGAUUCCGCUAUUCAAGUAGAGCCUUGUGAACCGGCUCCCAAGCCAUUCCCAGGUUUUCCACCAGGUCAAUCGAGAGAUCCUACAGACUCAGAGUCUCUACUACAAUACCACUUGGACGGUUUAGCUACGGCACUCGCCAAGGCAGAGCCCAAACAUCUCCCAGCCAUUAGGUCCUCAUUGAUCUCUCUGCUUGCCCAGGUCGAAGAGAAGCAGCCACAGAAUAACAUAUCUCAUCUAAUGCCAUUCCUCCCGCCUCCAGAACGAGAGAUAUCCUCAAAUCCAUCUAUACAUACCUACAUUUGUAGGCUAUGUCAAACAGGGACACAGAAGCAGUUCAGAACACUGGGAGCAUUUAAACGGCACAUAAGCACAGCCCAUUUCCCGAAAUAUGAAUUUAACUGUCCAUAUGACUGUGGGUGGUGUACCAUCCGGAAGGAUAAGCUAAAUGAUCAUAUACGGUCAGUACAUCGUGCAACCAAGCGUAUUGACCUGCAAGUUAUGCAAAAAAACGGAAAAUUGCUACCACCUCCUGGAAGAUGCAGCAUCUGCAGCAAAGAGGUUGGAUCCUGGAAAGAAUUUCUACAUUGUGUCGCCGAACACUGUCGGGUUCCUAUAGACAAUGGCCCUCAGCCUUUGGUGGAAAAGACUACAGAAAGGCACAGUAUGCCAAAGCCCUUCUCUCUCCCUGAAGAAAUUGACUUCACCGAUUCCGGAUAUGGAUCUGUUGUGAAUCAAUUCAAAGUGCAAGCUUCUCAAGCUGAAUCAAACAUUCAACGGAGUGUUGAUGCUGAAACCAUCUAUUCCGGUGGCUCGAGCCUUUCUGGAACAGUGAAGGGAGAUUACAUCUCUGAACUUGUCGGAGAGUUGUACAAAGUGGUUGAACCGUUACAAGCCGAUGCCAAAACCCUUGAACGCCUUGUGUCUGCACUUCCUGAGCUUUUGAAGAGCUUUGCGCUGAGCCUGGGCGGGCCUUCUUCAACACAGAAACAUCGAGACGUGAUGGUCUUUAUUCACAAGCACAGAUAAAGCCAUGGAUCAGUUAUGUGAAAAGACCGACCAAGACGAAGAGGCAAUGAUCUCUCGAUAUAAGGGGAAAUUACCCUUAAAUGAUAUCAUGUCCCUCUGGUAUGAAAAAGGGUAUCAGGAGGAGCAGGAACCCAACUCCGAGCACUGGGAAGAAGGGCUUUCUGCUUUACCGGAUAUACCCAAUCCAGCGGAUGACCCUGAAGCAGUCGAAAUGCCCCCAUGAUGUCCGUCUUGGGGAUAUCGUCGUGAGCACACCUACCCGGGACAAGUCCGGGGUUCUUCCCUAUGAUAUGGUGAAGACCCUGCAGUC